AUGCCAGGGCUGGUUGAUGGCGACAACUCGAGCGACCUUGUUCCUGUCCCGCCAGCUGCACAUUUACCCUGGCCUCCGGCUGUAGAUGAGCUAUCCGGCUUGGUCAUGAACAUCGUUAUUCCGCGUGCUUUCGACAAUACUCAAAAAUAUCUCCCUGUCUUUGUCUACGUACAUGGCGGAUCUUUGCUAUACGGCGGUGCAAAUCUUCCAAUAUUUGAUGCGGUCAAUCUAGUGUCGCGCAGUUUGGAAAUUGGUCUUCCCAUCAUAUGCGUCAACUUCAAUUACCGAAUAGGCAUCGGCGGGUUUCUAGCGGGCGAGGCUGUUGCACGAGAGCUCAAGCAGGACGGCUAUGCGGGAAGUGGCAACUUUGGCUUCACAGAUCAAAAGGUCGCUUUUGACUGGGUGCAAAACUAUAUCGGGCACCUUGGAGGUGAUGCUGAAAAGGUGACUGCAGUUGGCGAGUCGGCCGGCGGUAUUUCCAUCAGUAAUCAGCUCCAAGCAGCGCAGCCCGCCGUCUUUCACCGUGCUGUCUGCAUGUCUGGACUGUCUACAGCAAUCCCGCCUUGGACUAUUCACCAGCAUGAUAUCUUUUUUGCCGCUGUGUGUCGGCAUUUCAAGAUCGAUCCUACGGCUCCCGAUGUACUGGAUCACCUGCGAGCUAUACCUCAGCAAGAACUUGCGGAUGCAACGCCCGAGAUUCAAGGCGUUCCUGCAGGAACUGGAAACCCUUGUCUUGACGGCUGGUUCUAUCUUCCCGAAGCAGAUCCGCGGGGUGUCACCGCUCCACCUGCCUGGCUCAAGGGAUUUAUGUUUGGUGAUGUCUACCACGAAGGAAUCAUUUUCCAUGUAAAUCUGCUAGAAGGUGAUUAUCAUUCAAUUCGGCGCGUCAUUCAGGUUCAUGUUGAGGAUGAGUCUUUGACUGAUCAGAUUCUGGAGGCGUAUGAAAUCGCUGACGACCUGCCACACUCAGAACUUCUCGAGCGAGUGGAGCACAUGUGUGGUGAUUUCAUCUUCAAAAUUCCGAACUAUGCCCUGGCAAAGCAGUGUGCAAAAAAUGCGGCGCAGAAUGAAAGAGCUGUAUAUUUAUAUCAUUUCGACCAGCGGUCUCGUCUUCCCAACACGCUGGAGGGGACGGCAUAUCAUGCGCAUGAGUUGUUGUACCUGUUUGGGAAUUUGGAAGAAGAGAUGAAUGCAGAUGAAAGUCAAAUGGCACGGGAGUUUUCCGCUGCGUGGAUUAAGUUUGCAAACUGGCUUGAGCUUUGGAGGGCAAGCAAUUCGUCAUCAUGGAUGGUAUGGGGACAGAAUAGUAAGGUUGAGUUGAAAACUGAGACUGAGGAUGAAGACGCUCGGAACUAUACUCGGAUGAACAUGAUUCUCCAAUUGGAUGAAGGAAAAACAUGGCAGAAAGGGCUGGCUGCGAUUGAUUCACUGGUCAACAGAAGGUGGAAGUUAUGGUGA